AUGCCUCCUCAACCAAUGUGGCAGGGCAUUGUUGCUCGCAAACGGGCCGAGCGAGACGCCAAAAUCCCCUCUGAAUGGCGUCUCGCCGAGUCUCUUCUCUCUGAAUGGCGUCUCGCCGGGUCUCUUCCCUCUGGCGCUAGGCCCUCGGUAACUAGGCCCAUAGACUUUCUCCCUCGUUGCGGAAUACUCACAGAGCACGAUCUGGCCAUCACAGCCCCUGAUGCCACCGAAUUGCUCGCGCGAAUAUCCGCUGGAAAAGUGACGGCUGAAGAUGUCGUCCGAUCGUUUUGCAAGCGUGCCGCCGUUGCACACCAGCUAACUAACUGCCUGACGGAAAUCAUGUUCUCAGAAGCCAUUGAAAGAGCCAAGUGGCUAGAUUCCGAGUUCAAGAACGGCAAUAAGCCCGUCGGCCCUCUCCACGGCCUACCCAUCAGUGUCAAGGAUCAAUUCUACAUCAAGGGAUACGACAGCUCCAUCGGAAUUACUGCCCUGUGCUUCAAUCCCGCCAAAUCAACAAGCCAGGCAGUGCAGAUGCUGCUCAACGCCGGCUGCGUCAUAAUCGCCAAGACCACCGUUCCCCAGACUGUCCUCACCGCCGACACGGAUUCGAUUGUCUUUGGACGCACGGCCAAUCCUCACAAUGCCGAGUUUGGAGCGGGCGGUUCUUCGGGAGGCGAGGGCGCGCUGAUGGCCAUGGGCGGCUCUGCUCUAGGACUAGGGACAGACGCAGCAGGAAGUGUGCGCAUGCCGGCAGCGGUGUGCGGAGUUGUUGGAUACAAGCCAAGCGCAUAUAGGAUUCCCAUCGAUGGCCAGAGAAUCCUGGGCAAAGGUAUCAUGGGUACCACGUCUCUAGGGCCGCCAGGAGUCAGCGGGUUUCUGGCGAGGUCGGUCAGAGAUGCAAGGCUGGCAGCAAGAGUCAUGGCAGAGGCACAGCCGUGGAACGACAGUCCGUUUAUUUACCCUCACCCUUGGAUGCAGAUUCCUUCUCCCGACAAGCCUCGAAUCGGCGUGUGGCUUACGACGGGCGUGGUGCAUCUUCAUCCGCCCGUUGCGCGAGGUCUGCGUCUUGCUCACGAUAGACUGAAGAGAGCCGGCUACGAAGUCAUUGAGCUGGCCCCGCCGCCUUUCGAAAAGGCGAGUGAAAUACACUUCAAGAUGGGCGAGUUCAUGGACGUGUCUCAUAUGCGCAAACUGCUCGAGUCCGAACCACACACCAACAUUGUCCAAGCGAUGGGCAACAUGACCCCCAAAGGAAUGCAGCCAGAGCUCUCCGUCGAGUAUCUACACGAGCUAAACUUCCAGAUUGCUCGCAUCGCUAUGCAGAUGAAGAGGUAUUGGCUACAUGACGGCAAACCACUCGACGGUAUUCUGUUUGUCAACGCGCCACAUACUGCUGUCCCAUUUGACAAAUAUCUCUGGGUUGCCUUUACUGGCAUUAUCAACGUUGUCGAUUGGACAAGCAUCGCGAUACCGCUCAACGAGAAUGCGGACAAGAAUAUAGACGUUGCGAUGCCACUUGAAGAUUGCUACAACGACCUAGAUCUGUCCAUUCAGAAGCUAUAUGAUGCCGAAAAGUUUCAUGGUCUGCCAUUAUCCGUUCAACUAAUUGGUCAAAGGUUUGAAGAUGAGAAGCUGCUGGCUUUGGCGGAGGAAAUUACCCCAGUUAUAACGCAGAGAGGACAGUCCAAGCUGUGA